GAUGCGCGGUUCCAGCACCCCGGACAAUAUGGACGCAGCACCCAUGGGUUCUCGCCCCAGUGCUUCUCCCCUCCUUGGGGCGUAACUCAGACCCUGGGCACCCCUCUCCAUUGCCCAGGGGAGACCUGGGUUCUAGAUUUGGCUCUGCCUCUACUAUCUUCCUACCUCCUAGAGCCUCAGUUUGGCUUGUGUAAAAUAGGAUGACUUAAGGGUCCUUUCAGCCCCUAAUCCUGUACUCUGUACCACCUCCUUACCCAGCCUUGUGCACGCCGUCUUGAAGGCACUGAGUUCUAGCCUGUUUAUUAUAAGUGGCGAUUUGUUGGGUCUCCGUCACCCAGCCAUACUUUUUGUUUCCUGCAUAUCCUUCUUGCUAUUGUCCCCAAGCACAUUCCACAAGAGGGAGGGGCACUCUGGGCUAAGGCUGGGAUGGGAGUUAUCUGGGUAGCUGCCACCAUGCCUCUGCCUUUGGUGCUUGCUCCUGCAGGGAGUGCUUGGCGCCCCCUCCCUAUGCCACUCCCAGGAUGCCCCUGUCCCGCUGGUUGAGAUCUGUGGGGGUCUUCCUGCUGCCAGCCCCCUACUGGGCACCCCGGGAGAGGUGGCUGGGUUCCCUACGGCGGCCCUCCCUGGUGCACGGGUACCCAGUCCUGGCCUGGCACAGUGCCCGCUGCUGGUGCCAAGCGUGGACAGAGGAACCUCGAGCCCUUUGCUCCUCCCUCAGAAUGAACGGAGACCAGAAAUCAGAUGUUUAUGCCCAAGAAAAGCAAGAUUUUGUUCAGCACUUCUCCCAGAUCGUUAGGGUGCUGACUGAGGAUGAGAUGGGGCACCCAGAGACAGGAGAUGCUAUUGCCCGGCUCAAGGAGGUCCUGGAGUACAAUGCCAUCGGAGGCAAGUAUCACCGGGGUUUGACAGUGGUAGUAGCGUUCCGGGAGCUGGUGGAGCCAAGGAAACAGGAUGCUGAUAGUCUCCAGCGGGCCUGGACUGUGGGCUGGUGUGUGGAACUGCUGCAAGCUUUCUUCCUGGUGACAGAUGACAUCAUGGAUUCAUCCCUCACCCGCCGUGGACAGAUCUGCUGGUAUCAGAAGCCGGGUGUGGGUUUGGAUGCCAUCAAUGAUGCUAUCCUCCUGGAAGCAUGUAUCUACCGCCUGCUGAAGCUCUAUUGCCGGGAGCAGCCCUAUUACCUGAACCUGAUCGAGCUCUUCCUGCAGAGUUCCUAUCAGACUGAGAUUGGGCAGACCCUGGACCUCAUCACAGCCCCCCAGGGCAAUGUGGAUCUUGGCAGAUUCACUGAAAAGAGGUAUAAAUCUAUUGUCAAGUACAAGACAGCUUUCUACUCCUUCUACCUUCCUAUAGCUGCAGCCAUGUACAUGGCAGGAAUUGAUGGUGAGAAGGAGCAUGCCAAUGCCAAGAAGAUCCUGCUGGAGAUGGGAGAGUUCUUUCAGAUUCAGGAUGACUACCUUGACCUCUUUGGGGACCCCAGUGUGACCGGCAAAGUUGGCACUGACAUCCAGGACAACAAAUGCAGCUGGCUGGUGGUUCAGUGUCUGCAACGGGCCACUCCGGAACAAUACCAGAUCCUGAAGGAAAAUUACGGGCAGAAGGAGGCUGAGAAAGUGGCCCGGGUGAAGGCACUAUAUGAGGAGCUGGAUCUGCAGGCUGUGUUCUUGCAAUAUGAGGAGGACAGUUACAGCCACAUUAUGGCUCUCAUUGAACAGUACGCAGCGCCCCUGCCCCCAGCCAUCUUUCUGGGGCUUGCGCGCAAAAUCUACAAGCGGAAAAAGUGACCUAGAGAUUGCAAGGGCGGGGAGAGGAGGCUCUCAAUAAAUAAUUGUGUAACCUU